GGAGAGAGAGAGAAAGAGAGAGGAGGACUUUUAUCAAAGAUUUUCUUCCCCCAGUCUUUAAGUCAUAUCAGCGUCUCGGUUCUUUAUCGCUUUCAUAAUGAGCGUACGCGCGUGCUGUACACGAGUUGGCAGCAGCACCAGCGUAUCAAUAGUUCUUGCGUUCGCGGGCUCUGCUUGUUCUCUUUCUCUCUCUCGCACUCUUGCGCUAGCGCGCCUCCGAGACGUCACUUUUGCGAAUCAAUAUUUUACACAUAUAAAAUCUUGUCAUAGAACGGAUUUUGUAUUUUGAAUUUCUGUUCGCUAGUUAAAAUCAUGAAGCUCAUCAUCAAUGGAUUCUCCAUUAUGCUUCAAAAAGGACCUCGUCCCAUAGUUUUUUGCGGUCCAUCAGGCAGUGGGAAAAGUACGCUAAUUAAGCUGUUGUUUGAUGAGUAUCCAGAUAAAUUUGGUUUCUCUGUCUCUCAUACAACCAGAAAACCAAGACCUGGUGAGGAAAAUGGAAAGCACUAUUACUUUACAACUAAAGAAGAGAUGCAGAAGCAAAUUGAACUAGGAGAGUUUAUAGAAACUGCAACUUUUAGUGACAAUAUGUAUGGAACAAGUAAACAAGCAAUAGAAGAUGUGCAACGAGCAGGAAAAAUAUGCGUGCUAGACAUUGAAACUGAAGGGGUUAAACAAAUCAAAAAGAGUUCAUUGAACCCAGUGUUCAUCUUUAUCAAACCUCCAUCCAUAGAAGAGUUGGAAAGACGUUUAGUUGGACGCAAAACCGAGUCAAAAGACGCGGUUGCCCGACGAUUAUCGAGUGCAAGAGCUGAAAUUGAUUUUGGGGAAAUUCCCGGAAAUUUUGACUUGGUACUUGAAAACGACAAUAUUGAAAAAACGUACCAAAAGUUGAAAGAUUUCAUUUUAUCCCAAACGAAUCAUCUGAAUUUUAAUUGACAAGAAGCACCUGACAUUUAAGUCCCAGUGCUAAUUGAAGAUGUGGAAUGUGUAUUCAAUGAAGAAACGUAAAUUUGAUAUUUGAAGGUCUCUAUCAAAGGACUGAAUCACGCAGACGGAGUGAAGAACGACAGCUCCCAAGUAUUACAAUCGAUAUGUGAUUAGAGGAUAAUGUAUUUAUGCAAUGCAUCAAGCGAUUAUGUCGAGGGUCUCAAACAAAUUAUUUUUAAAUUUAUUUGCAUUUAAAAUGAAUGACGGUAGGAAGACGAUCGUUGAUAUAACAUUCAACGAUAAACUUAUAUGUACUAUUUUUUGUUACAUUCUCUUUCUAUACUUUUACAGUUAAAGCACUGAGCGUUAUCGAUGUAAAUAUUAGGGACUUUCUUCAUAAGAAGAUAUCGGACGUCGGAUAUCGACCAUCACUGAAGAAAGAUAGUUAAAUGAUAUAUUAUUGUACUAAUAAUGAUAGUAUCGGCACACGUCCGAUGUCCGUUGUCCGACGUCCGACGCCUUCUUAUGUAGAUAGCUCCUUAGCAUUUGUUGCAUUGCAAAAUAUAUUUUUAUUUUAGUAUAAUCGCUUCGACAGCGAAGAGAAUCAAUGAAUGAAGUACAUUUUUCAGUUGUGUAAGAUAUUAUAGUUAUACAAAAUCACUAUGAGUAUUUUCAUAAGCGUGUUAUUUAAUAAUCACAUGAAAAAAUAUUAUAAAAAUAAUCAUUUUUUCGUAAUUUAUUUAUUUUAUUUAUUAAAAAUAUUUCAUUAUAAACUGAAAUAAUUACCGAAUUAUGAAUUGGUAAUCUGCUUUAGCCUUUACGAGCUCAUACACUAGAAAAAAUAUUUGUAGUCCUGAAAUCUGGAUAUGUUUUUGAUACUUCAUGUAUUUUUUAGUUGCUAGUAUUAAAAAAAUGCACGAUGACUAUAUAUAACGUAGUCUAUAUGAAAUAAAAUAGCUCGUAAUUAGUGCUAUAUAUAUUAAAAUAAAAAAGAAAUAAUCAAUCUACUGCGUGUCAAAAAAAUUGUUAACUGAAACAGCAUUAGAUAAAAACUUUACAUUAGAAACUAGGUUAUAGUGAAAAACUGAGACUACCCACCACUAAAAAAGUUGUGUUUCGCUAGAAUAGGAAGUAUUAAAUAUAUAAAAUUAUCUCUGAUCAUCUCUAUUUCCAGGGCAUUCGUUUUUGCCAAGUAAACCAGUUAAAUCCAGUCGUUUACGGUCAGUAGCCGCCUUCCAAAAGUCGUACGAUUAUUAUUGUAAAAAUUUAGGUUUUUCAUAGUGCUAAAACCUACCGAUAAAAAUGAAGAUCAGAAGUUCAUAACCCUGAUCAUCACAUGUAUACUUCUUAUCUUGAAGUUGCGCUUUUAUACGCAUUUUAAUGCUAUAUUGGUGAGAGUUCAAAAAGGAAUUUUCAGAAAUAAUUGUACAACUUGAUUUGCGCGUGUGAGUGGGUCUCUUUAUUUUAGUAACGACGGAGAUGUAAAUUAAUAAUCGUAUACACUGAUAAAGAGAAUAUUUUAAUGGUUAAUGUAAAUUAAAAAAAUAUGAUUGUAGCCACGAGUCACUUCUGAGAAAUCGACAUAAAUGUUGCGAUAAAAUGUUGUCGGCCUGUCAAAUUUUUAUGAAUCUCGGUUACUCCCGGUUAUCAUUAUAAGUUUUAUAGUUCUGGCGAUAUUUGCCACUUUAUCAUCAUUUUUUAUGUUUGUGAACCUAUAAGGAAAAAAGUAUUAUACAAAGCCUGUUGCUUAUUCAUAGCAAUUGGAAUGACUUAGUUUUUAUCUAGACGAAAAUUCAUUGUAACUCUACUGUUUUAUUUUUUAUUUUUAUCGAAAAUCAUGUAAAACUUAACGACACAGAAAGAAAAAAAAUAAAUAAUAUCGAUGAUGGAA